GUUUUAAAAUUGGGUGUUUAGAGACAGAAGUGAGUCUGUGACAUCAUGCCUUGUACAGGAAGGAGCAUUUGGAAUGUUUACAGUGGGACCAUCUGCGAGCAGAGCCACGUUGGAGAAGAUCCUGGUUCCAGAGCUGAGGAUCAGAAAGAAGCCAAGCACUUUCCUGCUCCAGGAAGGGCAGGGCUGCAGCUUUCCCGGGGAGCUUCGUGUUUCUGUCAGCGACAAGAUGACAAUUCAUAUUUCUACCAAAUGAUCCAGUGACUCAUCCUAUUAACUCUGCUGGAAUACAUGCUUCCAGUCGUCCUGCCACAGCUCCCCAGAUGCUUUACUGCCUCUCCUUGUCUCAUCUGGGUUUAAAUUACGACUGGAAGUCCUUCCACGUUUGACAUUCCUGCCUCUGGAGCUUAUGCCAGCUGCAGUCCUGAACCAACUGAUAUCACAAUGACCGAGGACUUGGAUCACAGAUUCAGUUAUCUCACGUGGGAUCAGAUUAAAAUCCUGGAUCAGGUUUUAACGGAGGCAACACCUAUUCAUGGGAGAGGAAAUUUUCCAACCCUGGAGGUAAAGCCGAAGGAUAUAAUCCAUAUGGUGAAGGAGCAGCUGAUUGAGAAGCAGAUCCAUGUCAGGGACAUCCGCCUGAACGGUUCCACUGCCAGUCACAUCCUGGUGAAGCACAAUGGCACCAGUUACAAGGACCUGGACAUCAUUUUUGGAGUGGAGCUACCCAGUGAGUUCGAGUUCCAGGUCGUUAAGGAAGCGGUUCUCAACUGCCUGUUGGACUUCUUGCCAAAAUGCGUUAACAAGCAGAAAAUCACGGCUCAGACCAUGAAAGACGCCUACGUGCAGAAGAUGGUCAAAGUCUCCACCGACCACGACCGCUGGAGCCUCAUCUCGCUGUCCAACAACAGCGGCAAGAACGUGGAGCUGAAGUUCGUCAGCUCGCUGCGGCGGCAGUUCGAGUUCAGCGUGGACUCCUUCCAGAUCAUCCUGGACUCCGUCCUGGCCGUGUACACGGCCCCGGAGCGGCCCCUGACGCAGGAGUGCCACCCCGCCGUCAUCGCCGAGAGCAUGUUCGGGGACUUCGGCCAGGCCAUGGAGCACCUGCGCUACAAGCUGAUCUCCACGCGGAACCCCGAGGAGAUCCGGGGGGGCGGCCUCCUCAAGUACAGCAACCUCCUGGUCCGCGACUUUAAGCCGGCGGACGAGGCUGAGAUUAAAUCUCUGGAACGUUACAUGUGCUCCAGGUUCUUCAUUGAUUUUCCCGACGUUGCCGAGCAGCAGAGGAAAAUCGAGUCCUACCUGCGCAACCACUUCAUCGGGGAGGAGAAGAGCAAGUACGACUACUUGAUGACCCUGCGCGGGGUGGUGAACAAGAGCACGGUGUGCCUCAUGGGGCACGAGCGAAGGCAAACCCUCAACAUGAUCACCAUCCUGGCUCUGAAAGUGCUCGGGGAACAGAACAUCAUCCCCAACGCGGCCAACGUCACGUGCUACUAUCAGCCUGCUCCCUAUAUCAGUGACAGAAACUUCAGCAACUACUACAUUGCUCACGGACAACCCCCUGUGUUCUACCAGCCUUACCCUUUCCACAUACAGCUACAGAGCGGGAUGGUGUAGGAACACUCCGACCUCCAAGCACUCACCACUCCUCUCUUUCCGGUUCUCUCCUUAAUAAAGGCCUCAUU